AUGGAGGAUGUGAGUCAAGACCACACGUGCCAAUACCUUCAUGCCCUUUCCUUAGUCCUUCAGGUACCACUGUCUUUGUCGUCCGAGUGCUGGAAGGAUGUGUACAUCAUGGACGCAGAGUUGCAGGUUGAGUGCGACUGCAAACUGACCGAGAUGAUCAACCGGGUGAACCCGCCCGAUCCCUCCAAUGUCAUGAAAGUGUUUGCACUGGUCAUCGAUCUGAAUUUGGAGAGAUCAGGGGCUUCAGGUGGGCACGAAGGCGAGCCGGAGCACGACAUGCGUGCGACUGUUUCAAACAACCUGUUGCCCAACCUGGGGAGUUGCUCGGCUUCUCCUUGA